AUGGCAAUCAACCCUUUCCUCGAUGAUGAUGAGAUGGCUUCUCAUCGUUCUCCCCGUUCCCCUCCCUUGUCGUCGUCCGCCCCAGAGUUCACACAUAGCUAUGCCCCGCUAUCGUCCCAGAAGCAGGUCACUGAGAGGCACCUCACCUCAACGAGGCACAGAACGCAGAACAAGCCCGUUGAUGAUAGUGCCAUCUCCAAAUAUCACCGCUUGGCUGAUAUCCCUCGCAGUGUCGAGCGGAUCAGAGCUGCGGAUGCUCGGCUGCGGAAUGAAGUACCCAGAACACCUGGCCCAUACCACCUGCCAGACUUGGAUCAGUGCUCAAAUAGAGCCCAGCCGUCCCCAGAUGUUCUCGAGCCAGAAUAUGAGCUCUAUCAGACGGCUCCGCGCAAGCCAUAUCGUGUCUCACUUGAGGCGGCCGUUGAUCACUGGCGAGGUAGCUGGCAACCAUCGUAUCCCUCUCCUGACGGAGGCUUUGCCUACGCGGGGUCCUGGUGCCACUCAGCACCCGUGGAACCUAGUCACCUAGAGUUGGAGUGGCACAACUCCGAACGAGUUGUCCUCACAGACGACUGGCGCCCCCAGACCCCUAGGGAUACUCGACUCUCCACGCCAGACCUGCCUCCACUGUCGACAGACUUUGAGUUUUGUCCAUGCCAUCGCUCAGGGGAGCAUGAACAGGAUAGGAUAAACCAAGAAUUCUACUUGGCGAUAAGAUCCAAGAUGGACGUGCAGAGUAUGUUAAUGCUUACAUGGCCAAGAGGCCUCCUUCCGUUGCUGAUGAAUGCAGUGAUAAAUGCGCUGGCGCACAUCGCACAGGACCAAACAACAUCUGGAAGCGAGUUUCGACGAGUAUCUCGAGAGAUGAAGGAUGAGUGA